GGUGUGCCAGGAAGAGACGGUUAUCCGGGUCCACUUGGAUUGGAUGGAAAGCCGGGCCCACCCGGACUGAAAGGUGAUAAGGGUGAGCCAGGAGAUAUUGGACCACGGGGAUUUGACAGCCUGGCGCCUUUAUACAGUAAUCAGAUUCUCACCGUGAAGGGUGAUCAAGGACAGGCUGGACCUCCAGGCCCUCCUGGCCCACCUGGUCCUCUUGGGCCAAGAGGUCCCCCUGGAAACACUGGCAAAGAUGGGCCACGAGGACCAGUGGGAGAACAGGGUGAACAGGGUGAGCCUGGUGAGGAUGGAAUUCCGGGUCCCAGAGGGCCUCCAGGACUCAAGGGCGAAGCUGGAAUUCAAGGAAGAAAGGGUGAUGAUGGUGAACCAGGACCACAGGGGCCUGAAGGACCACCAGGACCAAAGGGAGACAAAGGAGUUAUGGGCUUACAAGGAGAAAGAGGACUGGAAGGUCCAGGGGGAGCAAAGGGAGACAAAGGAGAAAUGGGAGAGUUGGGCCAAUCAGGGACUGGAGGAAUUAAGGGUGAGCCCGGGGUACCUGGCAUUCCUGGAACACCAGGCGAAAAGGGAGAACCUGGAGACAAAGGCGAUGAGGGUCCCGCAGGUCCAAGAGGAUUGCCAGGGCCAAAGGGUCAGCAAGGACCAACAGAAAUUAUUGACUAUGAUGGAAGAAUACAUGAAGCAUUUCAGGCUAUCAAGACCAUCAGUGUCAUGGGUCCUCCUGGUCCUCCAGGUUCACAAGGCCUUCCAGGACCUCCAGGUCCAAAGGGAGAACUGGGACUUCCAGGACCCCCUGGAGUGGAUGGAGAGAAGGGCCCUAAAGGUACCAAAGGGGAUGCUGGAAACCCUGGCCUAGAUGGCCAGAAAGGAGAACAAGGCGAGAUGGGAUUGUCAGGUCCUGCGGGUGCAGAUGGACAUAAGGGAGACAAAGGAGAGCCUUGCCCAUCCACUCUUGAAGACAGUCUCGUUCAAAUGAUCUCUCAACCAGGACCUCCUGGCCCACCUGGUCUCCAAGGUCCAAUUGGGCAUCCUGGACCUGCAGGGCAAAAGGUAAAAUUCUGGAUUUUGUUUUUAUUGAACUAUGCAGAGGGUGUCAUGGUGGCGCAGUGGUAG